GAGGGUCUUGAUUCUGAAAAUUGGAGGGGACACGAGUGGACGGACUGGGUGCAAGGAGUUGGUGUCGAUGGAGGAGCAGGACGUCAGGGUUCCAGCUCUGGAACCAUUCAGGGUGGAACAGGCACCACCUGUAAUCUACUAUGUACCUGACUUCAUCUCCAAGGAAGAGGAAGAGUAUUUGCUUCGACAGGUUUUCAAUGCCCCAAAGCCAAAGUGGACCCAGCUUUCUGGGAGGAAGCUACAGAACUGGGGUGGGCUCCCCCAUCCUAAGGGGAUGGUCCCUGAGCGACUGCCCCCGUGGCUCCAGCGCUACGUGGAUAAAGUGUCUGAUCUCAGCCUUUUUGGGGGUCUCCCUGCUAACCAUGUCCUCGUGAACCAGUAUCUGCCUGGGGAGGGCAUCAUGCCCCACGAGGAUGGACCACUCUACUACCCAACCGUCAGCACCAUCAGCCUGGGCUCCCACACCAUGCUGGAUUUCUAUGAACCUCGGCAGCCGGAGGAUGAUGACCCUAUAGAACAGCCUCGGCCGCCACCCCAGCCCACUACCUCACUGUUGCUAGAACCGUGCAGCCUGCUGGUGCUCCGUGGUACUGCAUACACACGCCUCCUGCACGGCAUCGCAGCCACCCGGGUAGACGUGCUGGACGCUGCCUCACUGCCACCCAAUGCGGCUGCCUGCAGAUCGGCACUGCCUGGAGCCCACCUAGUGCGCGGCACCCGAGUCUCGCUGACCAUCCGCCGUGUACCCCGCGUACUACGCGCCGGUCUCCUGCUCAGCAAGUGACUGCCAGGCUCCAGGUCCCGCUUGAUUACAGGGCUUCCUACUUGGCUGUUGGGAUGCUGUGACCUUGGUACUCUGGGGCAGAGGUGGCACGCCUGAGUUAUUUAUUUUCCCAGUAACUGUGGGAACCAUGGGAGAAGAACCCAUUCCAAAUAAACCAAAAAUAUAUUUUC